AUGGCAAUUAUUUACUCUCUGUUAGAAGUGGACGCAUCAUGGGCAGACGAGUAUAUACCUCAAGCUCUCUAUUAUCUCUGCGCUUUCAGCAGCCGAUGGAUGGAGUCGCUGGACCGAUUUGCAGCGGCCCAAAUAACACUGCAACAAUUCGGAUUUGGCGGCAAAGAUCUUGACGGGAAAAUGCUAUUAUUCCUUCAAAGUGAGCUAAGCGAGAGCUUUCAAAAAUGGAACCAGGUGGUAGCCCGUUUAAAAGAGCUGAUAUUGGAGUUUGAGGAAGGCAAAAUACCUUCACCGCAGAUCCAGACCGAUGACUUUGACUCUGAUUUCGAUAUGCUACCGUAUUCGGAUAUAUCAGACGAGAUAUCUUCAGCUCCUGAGGAAGGGUGA